AUGGAUCUGGAUGGUCCAGCUUUGGCACCGCCCAAGGGCGUCACACCAAACUUUGUUAAUCCCCCAAACAACAAUCCCCUCGCUCUGGGCGUUUUCGUCACCUGCUGCGUGAUCUCAACAAUAUGCGUCAUCCUGCGCGGCUACGGGAGAGUCUUCCUCCUCAGGAAGGUCCAGAUAGAAGAAGUCCUCGCGUUCUUGGCAUAUGUUGGAUGCUUCUGGGGCAGCAUGUGGGCAUGCUUCAAGAUGGUAGAGACGCCAGGCUUCUUUGUCAACCAGUGGAACGUCCGCCUUCGUGAUAUCAUCCCGAUGACCUACUACGUCUUCAUAUUCGGCGUCUUCUACUCGUUUGUCCUGCCUUUCCUCAAGAUCGCCAUUCUCGUCGAGUGGUGUCGUGUAUUUGUCCCGCGAGGAACGAGAACGAAGAGCGCAUUUUGGUGGGGAUGCGUCAUUGUCAUCUUUGUCCAGAUCACCGCCAACAUAGCCAUCAUCGUUGCCCUGAACCUUCAGUGCACUCCUCACGAGGCAAUAUGGGACUUUAGGGUCGAGGGAAAGUGCUUUAAUCUGUUCCAUCUGCAGGUUUCCUCGGCGACAAUCCAUCUCAUAUGUGACAUCACCAUCAUGUUGCUGCCUCAGCGUGUCAUUUGGAAGCUCAACAUGGGAUGGAAGAAGAGAUUGGGUGUUUCGGUGAUUUUUAGUCUUGGUCUGCUUGCUUGUAUCUCGGCGGCAUUCAGGCUCGCCUCGACCGUUGCAUAUGGCGACUCAGAAGACGGCGUCUACAACAUUGGACCGCUUAUCUUUUGGGCCACGGCAGAAAUGACCUGCGGCUUUUUCAUCGUCUGCGUGCCCUGCGUCCCAAAGAUCCUCCGAGAAAGCGGCGUAUUGGCCAAGAUCAAAAAGGCCAUUGGAAUGGCAACGAGGUCCAAGUCGACAAACCAAAAGAGUGACCAAUACGGAGACCAAUACGCCCUUACACCCCACGGAAAGAUGUCGACCACGGUUAGCAACGCCUACUACAAACUGGACGAGGACGGUGUCCCCAUGAAGGACAUGAACCGUGACGGGUCCGAGUCGACAGAGCAUCUGUAUGAUGGACCACAAAGUGACAGCCCAGGCAUUACUCGCACAACUCACAUCAGCGUCUCGGAGACUACUCGUGGGGUUCACGACGACAGGACCCAGUUGGGCAAGCGGGAACCACCCAACAAGGGAUGGGUUAGAUGA